AUGGCGCGCUAUAUUGGCGGAUUCAAGCGGGCGGUUGUGAAUUUUAAGAAUUCACUGUUUAUUAUGAAACAGAAGGACACGUAUGUUGGGUCUGAUCAGUAUGGAAAUAAAUACUUCGAAAGAGUAGAAGAUAAAGGUCAUGGCAUGCGAGCAUCAAGGUACAUUGAAGAGCCCAAGAAUGUUGAAACUCAUUAUCUCCCUGAGGUUCCCGUGGAGUGGAAUGCUUGGCUCCGAGGAUUAAGAAAGGAACCUCCAACACCAGAGGAAAUUGAAGCAAACCACAAACAGAUGCUGAAAACUAAGUUGAGAGCAGCAGAACUGGAAAAGAAAUAUCCUAGCAAGAAGCCUCUUAUAACUCCUCGUGAUGGCGUGGCAGAAGACAUCAAAUCAAACAUCAAAAACAUUGCGUUUCCAGAAUAUGACGACUUGGAAGUUGCUGCUGGUGAACUCUCUGAAAAGGCCAAAAAAGCAAAGUGA